UCAUAACGUCGCACUCAUCAGCUGAUUCCUCACAGUUACGCAGAGAUCUGAGGUGAUUUGUGUGAGAUGAGGAGCUGUCAGGGCAGAAGAUGUCUGUCUGGGGUCUGUGUUUCACAUCUAAUCUAUCUUCCUUCAUGGGGCUCGGAUUGUAUAGCCGACUAGGCUAAACCGCGAAUGCACUACAGACAGUAGGCUGCUGCUAGCUGGUGCUGCUGCUAGUACAGUUUGGCAUACAUCUAAGAUAAGGAUUACACACAGCCCGUCUUUAGCUCCUGAAGUUAGGAACAAGUCGGACUACUUCUCUACAGCUGAGUUUUGUGAUAGAAAAGCAUGACCACGGCGCGAUAUAGGCCCACCUGGGACCUGGCUUUGGACCCACUGGUGUCGUGUAAGCUGUGUUUAGGAGAGUUUCCUCUAGAGCAGAUGACCACCAUCACACAGUGCCAGUGUGUGUUCUGUACGUUAUGCCUCAAGCAGUACGUGGAACUUCUCAUCAAAGAGGGUCUCGAAACUGCAAUCAGCUGCCCAGAUUCUGCCUGUCCAAAACGAGGACAUUUGCAAGAAAAUGAGAUUGAGUGCAUGGUGGCAUCAGAGAUAAUGCAGAGAUACAGAAAGCUGCAGUUCGAAAAAGAGGUGCUGUUAGAUCCGUGCCGGACGUGGUGCCCAUCGUCAUCAUGCCAGGCUGUGUGCCAGCUAAAAGAAGCAGAUGCUGCCCGGCCGCAGCUGGUACGAUGCGGUAACUGCACACUGGAGUUUUGCUCAGCCUGCAAAGCCAGCUGGCACCCAGACCAGGAGUGCCAAGAGAACCCUCCUAUAACUACAUUCCUUCCUGGAGAGAGCAGUUCAUUCUUUAAGAAUGAUGAUGAUGAUGCUCCUAUCAAGCGAUGUCCCAAAUGUAAAGUCUACAUCGAGAGAGAUGAAGGCUGUGCCCAGAUGAUGUGUAAGAACUGCAAGCAUGCCUUCUGCUGGUACUGCUUGGAAUCUUUGGACGACGACUUCCUCCUGAUCCAUUACGACAAAGGACCAUGCCGCAAUAAGCUGGGCCACUCCAGAGCCUCAGUGAUUUGGCACAGAACACAGGUCAUCGGUAUCUUUGCUGGUUUCGGCCUGCUCUUGCUGGUAGCCUCUCCAUUCCUUCUACUGGCCACGCCGUUUGUGCUGUGCUGCAAAUGCAAGUGCAGCAAAGGCGAUGACGACCCCUUGCCAACCUAAUGCAAGCCGUCCAGCCCUUUCCUUUUGUUUUCUUUUCUUCUUCUCCCCCCACACACUUCGGCUUGGAGCUCUUCAUCGACCUGGUGGGUCCUGCGCAUUUGAAUCCGCGUUGUGACCCGUUUCACGCCACAGCGUGGCCCAGCUCCGGGAGAGGUAGCGGAUAUCUGGUGAGCUCGUCUGAGCGUACCAGGCGAGACCUUGCACGGGUCCUGAAUGCCACAUAGUAAAAUGGAUUGGUGGGUUGGCGGAUUCUGCCCCGGCGGGUGUGUUUUGGUGGUUGUCUAGCUAUAUGCUUGUUGUUCUGUAGCUGGGAUUUUUCGGGCAGUGCAUCUGAAGGGCUCAUGACCAGAAAACAUACUCAUACUUUAGUUUAUGUAGCUCUGUGUGCACUGUAGCACUUGGAUCACUUGAAACUGGUUCAUACUCUGGACAUGCAGAGAGGCUCUUGAGUCAUUUUACAGUCUGCUGUGUUAGCAGGGACUUUGUUUCAAUGUACAGCUUGGUGUUUUCCUUUUCAAACUCAUUGAAAGCUACACUUGUCUUGGUUUCUAAUGCGUUUUGUUCAUAUUUGUAAAGCUCACCAAACCUG